AUGUUUGAGCAUUUGCGUCCAAAUCCUUUGGAGGUCUUACGUGGAGCUGGGGAGGCUUGGUCUGAAUUUUUUCAAAAUGAGGUUUGCCCAGGGAUUAACAAUAGAGUUGGUAGGGAUGAAGGUGUGACCACAACUGGGUCUGUUGAGAUUGCUGAAGCGCAGGCGAUUAUUGAGGGACUUUCCUUUGCGCUGGAAAAUGGCAUCACUCAUGAUUUGAAGUCCAAGUUUUCUGUUGUUCGUUGGACUUGGAUCCCAAGAGAAGCCAAUGUGGUUGUGGAUGUUGCGGCGGCGAUUGCUGUUGGAGGGAUGGCUACGGAAGUUUGGGUCAAUUAG